AUGGGAGAGAGAAUUCCCCCUGGGAGUUACUUCCAGUACCCACCUCCUGGAGUCCAUGCUUCUCCACACAGGUCUUCUCUCCCUGUAGAUCGAGAAAGAUAUUUGGCUGAACUACUAGCAGAGAAGCAAAAGUUGGGACCAUUCAUGCAAAUUUUGCCCCUAUGUAGCAGACUUCUAAAUCAUGAAAUCAGACGGGUAUCAGGCUUCAAUCAAACUCUUGUAGAUCAUGAAAGACUUGAGCAUGAGAGUCCAUUUAGGACAUUAAGUCAAAACGCAAAUGGUAGACCAAUGGAUUUGGAGGGAUGGCCAGGAAUGCAAAUGGAGUUCAAUCACCUGCUUAGUGUCAUUCUUUUUGCCACAAAUUGGAGAAUGGAGCAAUUACUUACACCUUUAUGCACAAGAAAUGGACAUAUCCAGAGAAUGGCCCCGUUUCAAUCUCCUUCUAUGGGUUGGCCUGGGGUGCAAGGAAUUCCAACCACUCCUAUUGUAAAGAGAGUAAUUAGACUUGACGUUCCAGUGGACAAAUAUCCACAUUACAAUUUUGUUGGCAGAAUUUUGGGACCACGUGGGAACUCCUUAAAAAGAGUUGAAGCGAUGACAGAGUGUAGGGUUUACAUCCGAGGUCAGGGCUCUGUGAAGGAUUCUGUAAAGGAAGAGAAAUUAAAAGAAAAGCCUGGAUAUGAACAUCUUAAUGAGCCAUUGCAUGUAUUGGUGGAGGCUGAAUUUCCUGAGGAUAUAAUCAAUGCGCGAUUGGAUCAUGCAGUGGCAAUACUAGAAAACCUUCUGAAGCCUGUGGACGAGUCCUUCGAUCACUAUAAGAAGCAACAGCUUAGAGAAUUGGCUAUGCUAAACGGUACAUUGAGGGAAGAGAGUCCGAGUAUGAGCCCAAGUAUAAGCCCUAGCAUGUCACCAUUUAACAGUACAGGGAUGAAACGAGCCAAGACAGGAAGAUAA